AUGACGCCGACCAUCAAGCUGAGCAGCGGCUACGAGAUGCCCCAGGUGGGCUUUGGUCUGUGGAAGGUCGACAACAAGGUGUGCGCCGACACCGUCUACAAUGCCAUCAAGUCUGGCUACAGGCUGCUGGACGGUGCUUGUGACUACGGCAACGAGAAGGAGUGCGGUGAGGGCGUCGCCCGCGCCAUCAAGGACGGCCUGGUCAAGCGCGAGGAGCUCUUCAUCGUCUCCAAGCUGUGGCCGACGUUCAACGACCCGGAGCAGGUGACGCCCGUGGUCAAGCGCCAGCUGGCCGACUGGCAGAUCGACUACUUCGACCUGUACCUGAUCCACUUCCCCGGCGCCCUCAAGUUCGUCGACCCCUCGGUGCGGUACCCCCCCGGCUGGCAGUACGAGGGCGACAAGAUCAUCCGCUCCAAGACCACGAUCCAGGACACGUGGCGCGCCAUGGAGGCCCUGGUCGACCAGAAGCUGGCCCGCAGCAUCGGCAUCUCCAACUUCCAGGCCCAGCUCAUCUACGACAUGGUGCGCUACGCCCGCAUCCCGCCCGCCACGCUGCAGAUCGAGCACCACCCCUACCUGGUGCAGCAGGAGCUGCUCAACCUGUGCAAGGAGGAGGGCAUCGCCGUGACGGCCUACAGCUCCUUCGGCCCGGCCUCGUUCCUCGAGUUCGGCUUCAAGCACGCCGAGGCCAUGGUGCCCCUGAUGAAGGACCCGCUCAUCACCGACAUCGCCGCCAAGCACGGCAAGCAGCCCUCGCAGAUCCUCCUGCGCUGGGCCACCCAGCGCGGCCUGGCCGUCAUCCCCAAGACCAGCCGCGCCGAGGUCAUGGCCCAGAACCUGGACUGCACCAGCUUCGACCUGGCCCAGGAGGAUAUUGACAAGAUCUCCGCCAAGGACGGCAACAUCCGCUUCAACCAGCCAUCCAACUACUUCGCUACUCAGAAGAUGUGGAUCUUCGGUUAA